UUGUGAAUGUGGGUCCCAUAUCAUGUUCCAAGCUGGCACGUUCUCCUCUACAUAAACCCUCGUUCUCUAACCCCUUUCCAUCAAAUUACUCACCAUCUUAAACAUCUUCAUUGAUGAUGGCCGAGGAAGCUCCAAAGAACCAAGAGGCGGUGGUGGUUACACAUGUUCCGCCGCCUGAGGCCGAGGAAGAGAAGAAGCAGCCCGUGACUUUGGGCACUCACCUCUCCAAGCUUCCGGAAUCCGGAACCUUCAAGGAAGAAAGCACCAAGCUUUCUGAUCUCCCUGACACCCACAACAAGGCGCUACAAGAACUCAAGAGCCUCGUUCAGGAAGCUCUUAAUAACCACCAAUUCUCUGUCCCUAACCAACCCAAGCAACAACACAAGCCUGAAGAAGCUGUAACUGCUGAGAAAGAAAGUGAAACGAAAGAGGAAGAAAAAGCUUCUGAACCUGCCACGAAAACAGACAACGAGGAGGAGGUGGGAGAAGAAGUGAAAGAAACCGCAGUGGUUGAGGUUGAAGAAAAGGUGGUGGCUGCUCCAUCCAUUGAUGAUGAUGGUGCAAAAACUGUUGAGGCUAUUGAAGAGACCGUUGUUGCUGUCUCUGUUUCAACAACAGAGAGUCCACAUCCACCGGCACAGAAAGUUUGCCAAGAAGCCAAGGAGGACGUGCCAUUGCCACCGGAAGAGGUAUCCAUUUGGGGGAUACCACUUCUUGCAGACGAAAGAAGCGACGUCAUCCUCUUGAAGUUCCUUCGCGCCAGAGACUUCAAAGUGAAAGACGCUUUCGCCAUGAUGAAGAAUACAAUCCGGUGGAGGAAAGAGUUCGGAAUUGAUGAGCUAAUGGAGGAGAAUUUAGGUUGUGAUGAACUGGAGAAGGUGGUGUUCAUGCAUGGAUUCGACAAAGAAGGACACCCUGUUUGUUACAACAUAUUCGGCGAGUUCGAGAACAAGGAGCUGUAUAAGAAGACAUUCUCUGAUGAGGAGAAGAGGCAGAGAUUCCUGAGAUGGAGGAUUCAGUUCUUGGAGAAGAGUAUUAGGAAACUGGACUUCAAUCCUGGCGCCAUUUCCACCAUUGUUCAGGUCAAUGAUCUCAAGAACUCGCCUGGUCUUGCCAAGUGGGAGCUUAGACAAGCUACCAAAGAAGCCCUUCAGCUACUUCAGGACAAUUACCCUGAAUUUGUGGCCAAACAGGUGUUCAUCAAUGUGCCAUGGUGGUACCUUGCUGUGAAUAGAAUGAUAAGCCCUUUCCUUACCCAGAGAACCAAGAGCAAGUUUGUGUUUGCAGGGCCUUCAAAAUCAGCAGACACCCUUUUGAGAUACAUUAGUGCAGAGCAACUUCCGGUGAAGUAUGGUGGACUAAGCAAAGAAGGGGAGUUCGGAAACUCCGAUGCUGUUACGGAAAUCACAGUGAAGCCAGCAACGAAACAUACGGUGGAAUUUCCUGUUACUGAGAAAUGUUUGCUUUCUUGGGAGCUGAGAGUUAUAGGGUGGGAAGUAAGCUAUGGUGCUGAAUUUGUUCCAAGCUCGGAAGGUAGCUACACGGUGAUUAUUCAGAAGGCUAGAAAGGUUUCUUCAUCAGAAGAACCAGUGCUUUGCAACAGUUUCAAGGUUGGUGAGGCUGGAAAUGUUGUCCUCACCAUUGAUAAUCCAACCUCUAAGAAGAAGAAGCUCCUCUAUCGCUUGAAGACCAAGACUUCCCCUUCUGAUUGAAGAGCAGCAGUGCCUGAAUUGAAUGCAUGCUCUUUUUGUUAUUUUUCCUUAUAUAUAUUUUGUUUUUGUUAUUAUUAUGUGUUCAAUCAAUUAUAUAUAAAAAUACAUAUAUAUCUUCUAUAUAUAAUGCCCUUUCUGUGGCUUUUCUGUUUCA